AGCCGUUUUUUGGCAAAAAUGGCAACCAAUGAUGCUGUUCUGAAGCGACUGGAACAGAAGGGAGCAGAGGCAGACCAAAUCAUUGAGUAUCUCAAGCAGCAAGUUGCCCUUCUUAAGGAGAAAGCAAUAAAACAAAUACCCAUCCCAUCGCAACUGCAAGUUGAUGCUACAGUCUCUGAAAAUGUGAUACAAUCUACACCAGUAACAACCGUAUCUUCUGGUACUAAAGAACAGAUAAACAGAGGAGAAGAAAAGAAGGUGAAAGAAAAAAGUGACAAGAAAGCAGAGAAAAAAGAGAAAAAACAGCAGCAGUCAGCAGCAGGAAGUGCUGACUCUAAACCGGUAGAUGUUUCCCGUCUGGAUCUCAGAAUAGGUUGUAUUGUCACUGCAAAAAAACAUCCUGAUGCAGAUUCUUUGUAUGUGGAAGAAAUUGAUGUUGGAGAAACCACCCCAAGAACAGUUGUCAGUGGCCUAGUGAAUCACGUUCCCUUGGAACAGAUGCAAAAUCGUAUGGUGAUUCUACUUUGCAACCUGAAACCUGCCAAGAUGAGAGGAGUACUAUCUCAGGCCAUGGUGAUGUGUGCUAGUUCACCAGAGAAAGUUGAAAUCUUGGCUCCUCCUAAUGGAUCUGUUCCUGGAGACAGAAUUACUUUUGACACGUUCCCUGGAGAGCCUGACAAGGAGCUGAAUCCUAAGAAGAAGAUUUGGGAACAAAUCCAGCCUGAUCUUUACACUAAUGCUGAGUGUGUGGCUACAUAUAAAGGAGUCCCCUUUGAGGUGAAAGGAAAGGGAGUGUGUCGGGCUGCAACUAUGAGCAACAGUGGAAUAAAAUAA